GCUGCUCUCGCUGAAGCAAGUUGAGGCUAAAUGUUGUCGCCUCAAAGAAAUAAAUAAAAAAAACAGGGUUAUACGGGCUUGCUCAACCCAGAAGAGAUAAAAUCCGCGUUUUUCCCCCCUCUGGUCCGCGUGUCGGGUUAAAGCGUGUUGCGGUCUCUUCUAAAGAUGAGCGGCAACAUGUCAGAUGAGCGUAAAGUUCGCCAUGUACCGCCAGCGAUCUCCUCUUAUUGCUGAUGAAGCGAUUGCAAUUCACAAAAUCUCUGAACGUGACGCGUCCGUCCCGCGAGGACCGGGUGUGUUCAGAGCGGCCCCGCCGAGUAGAUCCGCGGAGAGGUGUGUCGCACACCUGCGGGAUGUCGCGUUCAGCCCCGUGCAGCAGACUCACCGCAAUGGCAGCGGCUCCGCUCCGCUCUCGUCUCUCUCCUCUCGGCGGCGCGGCAGUGACAUGUCUGUCUGCUGGACAUUUCCACUGCAUCUCUCCGGGGGUGGCGGCGGGAGAGAGAGCGGGGCACGGCGGCAGCGUCCCUGUAUGGGAUGUUCCACUUCGCCGUGGCGUUAUAAAAAGACGUCGAGGAAAGCCUCACUCAGCGCCUGCUUUACUCCGACAACUUCCUGUGAUUCUCUCUGCUCUCACGGAGCAGCCCUCCACUUAAGAUGUUAUCUGCAGCAGCAGCAGCCAGGAAAGAGAGGCACAGACCACCUCGGGCACCGAGCACAGAUCCGUCCACUGCCCUCCAGUGCGGUCGGUUGCAGACAGCGCCCCCUACAGCUCCCCGGUGUCCUCUGCUGGUCUGUACAGCUGCGGUCACAGAGACAGACCUCACACUUCUUCACGCUGGGCUCCAAACGGCAGCGAUGCCCAGUCAGCCUGCCUGACACAUCUCUGCAAAAACAAGGCAAGCGAGCGCGAUGAAUCGCCCUUGACACCUGUGUCUCCGCGUGGCACCGCAGUCAGCUCUCCAGAAUGCACACUUCAGCUGCUGCAUCCUUCGGGCAGAGCGGAACGGAUUUACAGCACCAUAAAACCACUAAUAAGGCAUAUAAAACGUGAUUAGUAAAUAUGAUACAUCUGAAAACUAAUACGAGCCGUACAGUGUUCAGAGCGGCGCAGGGCUGCUGCUGCUGGGAUCUAGCUGGCAUGUCAUUAUCAUUAACCGCAAACACGAGAAAAAAAGACGUAGCAUGUAGUGAACGUCCAGGAGGAGGCUGUGAAGGACACCGACUUAAUCAAGAGAAUGAGAGGAGCGCUUAUUACCUAACCUGCCAUCCAGAGCGGCUCCUGAGGGCCCUGACAUGUGCUAGUCCUCCUGAGUGACAAACAGAGAUGUCCAAAAGAGUAGAAGCUACAGAAAGUACUGGAAAAACUAACCCAUCGGCAGGCGGAUUUUAUUUAUCUAAACUUUAGAUGCCGCUGAAUGUACUGUUUAUGCAUGAAUAUCAUUCCUGGGUAAUACAUUAUAAAUAGUGAAUUAAUGAAUAAAUAAUACAUUUACGUUGCUUAUCUUUA